AAUAUCUAACACCUCUAACACGAAAAUCGGCUGUCAGCCCUGAAUGUGAUGUUACCGCCAUAAACACUAUUGAAUUGGAUUUCUUUCGUAAUAAUCAGUAUUGUGUUGGGUUGGUCACAACGGGGUAUCUUCUAUACAAGUAUUUAUCAAAACUGAAGAAUAGAAUUUAAUUUGCCAUAAGCAAUCACGAUAAAAUGGAUAAUAAACAUAAUAAACAACAAGAACUGCUGCUGCAAGAGAAUAUGUUUGCAGCCGAGGUCACAGGUUUCAGUAAAAUCGGGGAUGCUACACGUGUGACCAUAUUGAUACAAUUUAAUGGAACCUCAUUUGAAUUAUCGGAAACUUUAGUUAAUGAUGGGUCUAUAUUUGAACGGAGGAAAGGUGCAUCGUUCGAACGGCAAUUUAAUCCGAACAAUGGAAACGGUACAGAACAUAGCGUAAAUUUCGCUAACAUCCAGCUGAAAUCGGUCACAAGCACGCCCAAAAUCGCUAACUCUAUCGAUCUCAAUAACAAUAAAAAUGGUCAGUCUAGUGAAAAGGAAAGAAGUAAAUGUGGCGAAAUCAUUACAACUCAUCAGUUUUACAAAGUCACCUGUUCUUGUUGUGAACACACUCAUUGGUGUCCACGUACACAUCAGCCGAUGGACCUGCUUUAUCAAACGGUUGAACGAAGCACCGGAACUGCACGAACUCCUUCACAUCCGAAAAUCAGACAAAAAAGCAGCAACAUGUUUACGUCAACAUCGGAUAUAGCACCGUUAAAUUCUGAACAGAUGACAUCACAGCCAUUGAAGACGUCUGCAAAUGAAAUAUCGAUCGAUGAAAUAUCCAUAGAUGAAAUAUGCAAUACCGGAAUUGGUAGAAUCUUUGACAUUGGUAUCGGUGAUAAGAUAACCAAAACCAGUCAAGAUAAUUCGUUGACAUCCAAAAAUGGUGAUCCCGAUGACACUGAUGAUGCAACUAAACAAAGGGGUGGCGGUUGCAAUGGCACAUGUGUUUAUGUUCAUUUACCUUCCAAUGGGAAAAACAUGUUUACGUCAACAUCGGCUAUAGCACCAUCGCCAACGAAAUCGUAUGAUACACCUGACUCCCGCAAACGCAACACCAAUGACUUUGCCAAUAGUCAACGUAAAAGAGUGAGACGUUUUCAAUCAGAUUUAUCCAAGAAAGUGGCGAAAGAGUUAAAUUCUGAACAGAUGACACCACAGCCAUUGAUGACGUUACGAAAAGAAAAAUGGAAUACCAGAAUUAGUAACAUUGGUGUACCUUCUUCUGAUCCAUCUACGGAUAAGGCGAAUGAGACGAACAAUCCGUCGAUACAUGAACGAACGGUGAUAAAAGCAAAUGAAAGAAAUGGCAAAAAGCCACAAAUAAGAUUCGGAGCCGAUCGGCAGUCUGGACCACUCGCGGAUAUUAGCAAUGUGAUUCAGGACAAAAAGGAGUCGAAUUUGUCAAAAACACAAACUGGCAAAAAGUCGGCUAUCGACCCUAUAAUUCAACCUAAAAAAGCGCUCACCAAAAUAAACAAAAGGAAAAAGAAACCAGUAACCGAAAAGAGAAGGUCGUCCAGGAACAGGUGUAACAAAGCUAAAAAUAUUUGGAAUUAGAAGGUAAUAGUGAAAAGAGUAUUAGUGCAUAAGGUUCCUUGCUAUUUGUUAGCGUUAUGUCACAAUGAACUGUUAGAUUUAACUGAUAGACUGUCUCACCACUCGUGUUCAUUUUUUGUUUUCUUAUUUAUACGUGUAAAUACUUGUUGUGGCGUAAUUUAGGAUUAAACAAUAUUUUAGUUAUGGCGAACUAAA